GUGCUCUCGAAUGAGUGGAAAGUUUGUAACUGAGUUUGAGUAAAAAGUUGGCGCCAUGGGAUAGGUUUCCCAAGGCAUAUCUACCGCAUUGUUGACCCGGUGAUGUCGUCCAUUAAACUACCGAAGGCAAUUGAGCGUAGUGUCCGGUGUGACUCAACCAACCGGUUACGACAGAUCCUCACGCCGCAUCUUGUUCAUUUGUGAGUCACGCGGAAACAUUCUCCGCUCACCACACAGUUUGGCGUUCUCUUUUCCCAACUUCUAGCUCGAAACUGCUUUCUACCACUACAAUUCACUACCCAUCACUUGUCACUCCCCGUACGCCGACCGAGAGAGCUUUUACGGCAGCUGUGUCGAGCAGAGUCCGGCAACGUUAACAAGUUUUGUUCAUCUUGUUGCAAUUUAACAAAUUUUAUUUAGACAGUUGCUCUGUCUGUAGCGAAAACCGUCUUUUUAUACGUUAUCUAGCGGUUCUAGAAGUGUUUUUUUAGUGGACUAUUUUUCAGUGGUCAUCGUUUCCACGGUUUUUUUCCUUCCAUAUUUGUGACCUUUUUUUCCUUCAAAUCGAAGUUUGAGAGAACAUAUAUAAGCAAUUCUCAGCACUCGUUGAUCGUUGUGUUUCUCGUGCUUCUGGACUCAACUUCUUCACUUGAUCUCUUGAGUCUUUUAUUCUUUUUCUUGUUACGAACGAAUUCGUUGAUUGUGAACUCGGCCUUUGUUCCUAUUGCAGGCUUUUCGCCAACUCUAUUCUCUUUCAGGUUCCGAAAGAGUUGCUUCGACUGACACUUGUUUCCUCUAUGGCAUCUACUGUGACAGCGACAAGUUCUGCGUUUGCUGGUAAUAAUAGCCCGUACAUGGACUUCAACGAUUGCGGGAGAAAACGUCGUAGAAGACAGCGUCCCAACUGGCAGGAAUUUUACAAAAACGGGUUUCCCCAAGAAGUCAUUGUUAUUGAGGACUCGGCUUCGCCUCGGGCAUCCCCAUUUGAUUCAACGAAACAUGCCGCCAGCGUUUGGAAUGGCUACAAUGGUGGCUACGAAAACUGGACCGACGUAGCGAAUGGUCCUGCUCUUGCGAACGGCGGCGCCAACACGCAAGAGGCCGCUGCAACAACCCAGCCUUUCAUGCAACAGACUUAUGCGUCUUCUCUGGCCGCAGCAGCUCCUGCACGCAACUCUAUUCCCACAGCGGCAGGUUACCGGUCUACGGGAAUGCCUUACAAUGGUGCGGCUGCUGCUACACCUUCCUCGACUCUGGCUUUGUCCACUGGAAACAAUCUGUCAGCCACUAAUGCUCCUGUUUCUUCGAGCUACUCUACUCUUGCCAACGGCAUGCCCUUGUCGCCUACACUGGCGGUUUGGAUGCCGAUGACCCAAUCUAUGUAUCAACCUCCAAUGCCAAAUGCUACUUACCAUCCCGAAGCCCUAUGUCCCCGUCUACGCCCACGUUCCUCAAACAGUAUUGGAGCGGCUCUUACAAACACUGCGGCAGUCCAGCCAGCGAAACGGAAACGCGCAUCCCCUCCAACGAAGGUUGAGCGUGUUCAGGUUCCCAUCGUUCCCGACACUUCUGGAUUGGGUCCGGCUGACUUUGAUGAAGAAGACGGCCAUUACAAAGUCGUCGCUAACACAAACUUUACGUCCCGAUACACGAUCCUUAGACUUCUUGGUCAGGGAACGUUUGGUAAAGUUGUUCAAUGUUUUGACCAAGUCACCAAAAAGUUCUGUGCUAUUAAAAUUAUCCGUUCUAUUCCAAAGUACCGUGAAGCCAGUCUCAUUGAGCUUCGUGUUCUCAAAACAAUCUCCCAAAACGAUCCGGACAACGAAAACAAAUGUAUCCAAUUGCGUGACUAUUUUGAGUUCAGAAAACAUGUCUGUAUCGUUACGGAUCUGUACAGCUGGAGUGUUUUUGAUUUUCUGAAAAGUAACAAUUACAUCCCGUUCCCUGCAAAACACAUCCAAUCAUUUGCGCGACAACUUUUCAAAAGUGUUGCCUUUUUGCAUGAACUUAAUCUUGUUCAUACUGAUCUUAAGCCGGAAAACAUCUUGCUUGUUUCUAACGCAUGCCAUGCCGUUCGUUCACCAACGCUUGGAUUCGUGCAAAAAAUCUUGGACAACUGUGAUAUAUGCUUAAUUGACUUUGGAAGUGCAACUUUUAAUGAUGAGUAUCACUCAAGCGUUGUUAGCACACGACACUACCGUGCGCCCGAAAUUAUACUUGGCAUGGGCUGGUCUUUCCCUUGUGAUAUUUGGAGCAUCGGUUGCUUAAUUGUAGAGCUAUUCACGGGACAAGCUUUGUUCCAGACGCAUGAAAAUUCAGAACACCUUGCCAUGAUGGAACGAAUUAUUGGCAAGUUUGAUCGCAGUUUUGUAAACCGUGCUGCAAGACCUGCUCGUAAAAUGUUUGAUUCGAAGGGAAAUGCCAUGUAUCCUUUGUCGAAUACGCCAAGAAAGAACGUUAAAUACGUGGAAUCGCUGAAAUCGCUGGAACAGAUCUUUGCUCCUACAUGCAUGGAGAACGUAUUACUCCUCGAUCUUCUGCGAAAAAUAUUUGUCUAUGAUCCCGCCAAACGGAUUACAGCGCGCGAGGCUUUAUGGCAUUCGUAUUUCUCUUACGAAAUCGCAUCUCCUCUUUAAGCAAUGUUUAAAACGAUAAUCCUUGCUCUCUGUGUAUAUGAUUUGCUAUGGGCAUUGGCCAAGGUUCACAUGCAUAACGUCUCUGCAUGUGUUCUCUUUGGUUGAUGUUUCGUCAGAAUGUUCUGUGUUUUAAUUCGCCCAACGAUUAACAGGUUGCGAACUUUCAUUCAUACAUAACGUUUCCCUUUUUCGUUUAAAGUUUUCCCUUGAUUCAUUUUGUUUUUGGUUAACAACUAGUUUUCGAAUGCCUUGCCUUGAUCUUGAUGGCAUCGCUGUAACUUCAUUUCCCCCUUCAUGACGAAUAAUAUUGAUCUUGUAUAGAGUCCGUGAGACACAAUCACCUUCUACGGCAGGCUUCCGUGGACGUUUAGUAGUUAAUUCUAUAGAAAAAAAGAGAGACGAAGAUGAAGCUUUCUCAAUUUAUGUAUGUACAAUAAGAAACCUCUAAACAUAAUAGACCUUUGUUAACUUUCGAUAGG